CUCUCUCUCUCUCGGGUGUUUUGCAGAAGCUGUGGUGAUGCAGGGCAUCUGGAGGGUGCACUAUUUCCCUGUCAUUUCUGAUACUGAUGUUAAUGUUACUCACGAUUGAUGGCAGCUUGGCAGGCCGGCGUUUCAUAUUUCACUGAAGCUGUGCGGGGCUGGAGUGAAUCAAUAGCUGAAGGAGAGAGAGAGAGAGAGAGAGAGAGAGAGAGAGAGAGAUGGGUUGCACGGCUGCUGCUGCAGACGCCGCUACUGCCUCCCGCUUCCUCAAACUCCUCCGGAUCACACCAUCUCCGCUCACAGGGGCCGCCGCUCACAGCCCGUGUCUUUUCCCUCCGAGCGGGCAGCUCAGAUGUGGGCAUGAGCCAUGUCACAUCACAUUUCUAAUGUGACUGACGAGCUGAGAUGAACGGACGGUGCAUUGCAGCUGCGUCACAGUGAUACUCGAGACGUCACUUUGAAAGAUUCCCCCCGGCAUUCACCAUCCCUUUUGUUUUAGUCUGAUCUCCGGGCUCCCAGCCGUCCGAGCCAGAGAGAGAUGUUUUGAAUGCGCUUCGCUGGCCUGCAUGCGUUUCGUCUGCACGCGAGAGGCACUCAGGUGAGCUGUUUCCUGCAAACAGUGACUGCAAUAAGAUAUGUGUCACCAAGAUGUCCACUCGCAGCUGCCAGGGAUCCGACUCGGUCAUCAAACCCCUGGACACCAUUCCUGAAGACAAGAAGGUGCGAGUGCAGCGGACGCAGAGCGGCUUCGAUCCCUUCGAGAAACCGGCGAGUCAGGUGAAGCGAGUCCAUUCGGAGAACAAUGCCUGCAUCACCUCCAAAAGCUCCUCCUCUGGGAAAGAGUCUCCUAAACUACGCCGUCACUCCAGCCCUAGUUCUCCCACUAGCCCAAAGUUCGGAAAGGCAGAUUCAUACGAGAAGCUGGAAAAGCUCGGAGAGGGAUCCUACGCAACCGUAUACAAAGGAAAGAGCAAGGUGAAUGGGAAGCUGGUUGCGUUGAAAGUGAUUCGUCUGCAGGAGGAAGAGGGAACGCCUUUCACAGCGAUCAGAGAGGCGUCUCUGCUGAAAGGCCUGAAGCAUGCGAACAUAGUGCUGCUCCACGACAUCAUCCACACGAAGGAAACCCUGACGCUGGUCUUUGAGUAUGUGCACACAGAUCUGUGUCAGUACAUGGACAAACAUCCCGGGGGUCUCCAUCCAGACAACGUCAGGCUGUUCCUGUUCCAGUUAUUGAGGGGUCUGUCUUACAUCCAUCAGCGCUACAUCCUUCACCGGGACCUGAAACCACAAAACCUGCUCAUCAGCGACACAGGCGAGCUCAAACUGGCCGACUUUGGUCUGGCACGUGCGAAGUCGGUCCCCAGCCACACGUACUCUAAUGAGGUGGUGACUCUCUGGUAUCGUCCUCCAGACGUGCUGCUCGGCUCCACUGACUACUCCACCUGUCUGGACAUGUGGGGUGUCGGAUGCAUCUUCGUGGAAAUGAUCCAGGGAGUGGCGGCAUUCCCGGGCAUGAAGGACAUUCAGGAUCAGCUGGAGAGGAUAUUCCUGGUUUUGGGGACGCCCUCGGAGGAGACGUGGCCAGGUGUUCACUCACUCCCGCACUUCAAACCAGAUCGUUUCACUGUCUACAGUCCCAAGAAACUCAGACAAGCCUGGAAUAAGCUGGGUUAUGUAGAUCAUGCUGAAGAGCUGGCUUCCAGAUUUCUCCAGUGCUUCCCAAAGAACCGGCUCUCCGCCCAGGCGGCCCUCCACCACGAAUACUUCAGCCAUCUGCCCCCGAGACUCUGGGAGCUGCCUGACAUGUCUUAUAUCUUCACCGUGCCGACCGUUAAGUUACAACCUGAAUCUGGCGACAGCAUCCAGGUGUGCAGUAAGGCCAACAGUCACGGGAAAGGGACGUCAAACAGCAAACACUGACCUGGACGAGCCGCCCGCCUGGAGCGAAACAGGUUGGCGCUGUCAGCUGUCAAGAUGGAAAAAGUACAAAGAUGGGAAUGACUCUUCAUGUUUAUUUAAAUUAUUUCAUUUCCAGCUGAUUUGACGUCCAUGUGGAACUGAGAGCAAACGAGGCAGCGUGAAUCCAGUCAAAUCUGAGGUUUACCGUCAGGAAUGUUGCGUAACAUUCUCACAUCGACAGCAUGCGAACGACGUUCGGUAACAUCAGACUUCAAAAGGCAAUUAAUACGAACUGUUUGUGUAUGUAGCUACCUAGGUACGAAUGUAUGUAUGUUUGUACAUUUAAAUAUACAUGUCUAUCUAAGAGAACAAACCAAAUGCCCUUCCGCGAACAAUCACGCAUUAACAAGACCAAGCUGGCAUUUCGCAUUUCCUGCAAUCUUCCACAUUGUUGGCUACGGCACGAUCCAGCUGCGCACCCAAUAACGAUGACAAUAAUUCCGACAGUAAUAACGAUAUUGCGGUUGCAGCCUGAUGGUGCACAUUGACUCACUGCAGGGACUGCGCUAAAGCAAUUAACACCAUCACUGAACAUCAUUCGGGCAGAUAACUGCGGUACAUGAGUCUCGGUUUACGUCUCUGUGUGCGUUUAAAUGUGCAUUGAGUGUUAAAUACAGGCAAUAUGCUUGCACUGGUGCUACUGUGCAUGAGUCAGAAAGACGGUCGCCCACGUUUGGAAAUGAAUCUCUUUUCGCUGUUCCUUCUGAAGGCCCAUGACAAUCUUAUAAUGAUUUGCACUCACUAACUGAUCAUUAAAAUUGCCCGAACGAUUUUUGCGACAUUACUUUGAACUGUUAAAGGAUGUUCACACAGGACAUGUUCUUGAAUUCUUCUGUGCUAUUUUUUGGCUUAAAUCAUAUGUCUGUGCAAGAUGGACAUCUCAGUGCAUUAGCGCUGCAUUUUUGCAUUUUGUAGAUGCUUUUAUCCAGCUUGCGUUGCAUUCAAAGUAUACAUUUGAUCAGUUCGGAAUUGAACCCAUUACCUUGCCGUUGCUUGCUUUACUGUUUGAGCUACGGAAUGCUUUAUCUUUAAAUUUAAUCCAUGUCAAGUUAUACCCCAUAAUACGUUAAAAUUCUGGGUACGAUCAUUAUGUUCUGGAUCAAAUUGACCUGAAAAUUUUUAUUCUUGUGUGCUUUCCCAAAGCUCAAACAGUAGAGCAUGCCAACAUCAUGGGUUCAAUUCCCAGCAAAAUUUGCAUGCAUAAACAGAUAAGUUACACUUCUUCAAACAAAAGCUUCUGCCAAAUGCAUACAUGUAAAUGUAAAUACCUCUUCUUUUUUUUUUGUCUAUGCACCUGACUUUAACCAUGAAAUUGGUUUAAAAUCGAAAACAUCACAAUCAUAAUAGAAAUUUUGUAUGCAUAUUCCACAAAACCUCAAAGCGUCGAAACUUUGCAGGCACGUCCAAGACCCUAAAUGAGAAAUAGUCACUCUAUUUUAAGAAAAACAAAUUGGUUAACCAGUAUUUCUGACAUGUGUUGUGGGUAAAAUUGACCCAGAAUACCAUUUCCAUUCCACUAUAUCCAGCUGUUUUUAAAUGCAAGAAUGUGUUGUGUGUGAACAACCACUUAAAGUUUCAGAUUGAAGUGUUGUCGAAGAAGCAAAUGCAUUUCUCAAGUAGCUUUUCAAGACGAAAGAUGACGUUCUGAAGGGCCCUUCCCAAAGUGCACUACUCUCUGAUCACAGCAGCGUACAAUACUGAGACUGCUCUUCCUGUUAAUGUCCGUCCGUUUUGGUUGAUGAUCAAGUGUGCAACACAAUGAGAUCAUCAUCAUUUGAGUAAAGUAUUUUCUCUUUCUGUCAGUAUAUUGUAAAAUAUCAAUGUGACUUCUAUAAGUGCAAGAGCUAAUUGAACAAUAGCAAUGUUUGGCCCUGCACUGUUAACAUGGGAUCAAAUAAAGAAGUAAAAUGAGUUCAGAUUUGUACAGUAAUGCCAUCACCUCGUUUAGAAACAGAUUAUUUAAUAGAUCCAAAGCGAAUGGAAUGUGUGCAGACGUGCAUGUCCAGUGUCACAUCAUCAGUUAUUAUACAGUACAAAUCUAGACACGAUCCCUUUUUAUUAUGCUAUUAAUAUUUGUACUUCUUGAGUCAGCUUUAGUCAUAAUAGGGUGACUAACGGUCAGAGGACUGGUUAAAGAGCAAUGCCGCUUAAAAGGUUGUCGCCUACUGCGAAUGCACUUUUCAACAUAUUUGUGCAACAUUCCAGCUUGUAAGGUCACAUUUUGCACCUGUAAAUAUGGUAAGGCCACGUACACACUGCACAACCUAAUUAUCGUUUGUUUUCGAGUCACUCCUGAAUUUGAAAUGAUUGAUACAGUGAUAGUGUUGGAGAAAAAAGUUACUUUUAAAAAAGUAACUGAGUUACUUAGUUACUUUUUAUGAAAACAUGCGUUAUGCGUUACUUUCUCUCGCCUGGGCUGGGCUUGCUUGUUUGUUUUUUAAUAACAACAACAAAAAAAGGUUCUAUUUUUGGCAAAUGUUAAGGCCCUUUCACACCAAAAGUGAAAUGAAUAAUCCUCAGGCUGAAAGAAAAGCAU